AUGAUUUGGAAGCAUCUAUUGCAGGCGGCGGUGGUCUGCAUUGUAUUUAUCAGCGCCCCCGGCUACGCCGUUCUACCUCUAUGGACCAGUUACCUACUCUCCAAGCAAUCCCAGGAACCGCUCGAGGGCCCUGGCUGCGAUGGGUCGGGAGUAGUCGACCCGGACGGUCGAUGCAACGGCGAUGGAGUUGUCGAUAGCCCUCCAGAUCCCAGAAGGGAAGGAUUUCGAUUCGAGAAUCCCUCUACUGACUGCAAAUUCGUGAGCCAGAUGUACAUUUACGACGUGUUCAAGGUGCUUGAGAAGGACAUGGGCAAGCUCUUCACGUACGUUCACAAGGACGUCGACUUCCACGUUAUGGGCCACCAUCCGGUUGCGGGUCAUUACCACGAUCUGCUCCAUUUCUACGUUAAUGCGCUUCGGAGAGUCUCGGUUUGUUUUUCGGAGCAUGCAGAAAAGUUCGAGGUUCACCCACAGGCGAUUCAUGGCGGGUGUAAUAGCCGGUGGUCUGUCCAAGAGAUUCAGUUCAAAGGGCUGCUCAAUACAGGGGAUACCUUCGACGUGGUCAAUGUUUGGGUGACGCGAUGGCAUGAGGGACAGAUAGUGGAGGCUAGAACAUAUAUUGAUCAAGGAUCGGUCACCGAUGCUCUACGCAGGAAUGAGCUAUGGACGAAUGGAACUUCGUAUCGAGACAAUCUGCAUUAUAUGCCUGGACCUGCGGGAAUGCCAGACUUGGACGAGUUGAAGAAGCUCAUGCACUACCCCGACGGACGGAAGUACGAUGACUUCUGA